AUGACAACACCAGAUGACGAAGGAGAACCCCCACUAUCAUCCGUUCGAUCCAUGGAACGGAGCGAAGACGACGAUCUGAAGGACGAGGAAGAAUCGGACGAUGGAAUGCCCGGCUUGAUGAAGAAAUCCACCAGAGACACAAUGGUGAUGGAUCCAGAGGAAGACUACGACUACGAAGAUGAUGAUGAUGAUGAGGAAGAAGAAGAAGAGAUUCGCCGCCGCCAAGAACUAGAACCGUAUCUACUGAAUCACGCAUAUCACUUACCGGGCAAUACCUACUGGCUCCAAGACUGGUGGCAGUACAUGACGAACAAUCAUCCCCUCUUUGGCAUUUGUUUUCAUCAUCCGUAUCAUCCCCUCAGUGGCAAGAUUCGUGCUAUCAGUCUGAUUGGGAGUAUGUUGUUUGGAUUGGCAUUGACCAAUAUCAUUUACUUGGCAUUUGUCUUUACCGAACAAGAUGAUGCGUUUGAUGCGUCCUUUUACGAAUUUGAAACCAAUCUCACCAAAACGGGGUUGUCGAGUGAAUUGGAUCAGACCAUUUCGUCCGUCAGUGUCACGACGGGGAAUCUCGUCUUGUGGACGGUCGGAGCACUCUUGCAUGGAUUGUACGACAAUACCAUUUGGUCAUUGGCGGCGUGUGCCUUUUGCAAACUGCCCGAUAAUCCUCGACUCAGUGUCAAACAACGCGAUCAGCGUCUCCAAUGCGGUCGCAAUACGGGAGCCGUGUUCGUCGUGCUUUCGGUCAUUCUCGUUACGGCCAUUGCCUCGUUUGCGGUUCUACUACGAGCUGCCAUUGAAGCCGAUGAGGAAGAAGAGACACAGAUUUUUAGCUUUUUUCAAAAUGCCACCAACACGACGACUACCAACGGUACUACAACGACCCUAAUCUUCCAACAGCAAUCAUCAUCAACUAUGGACGAGGAGGGUCCCAACAUUUUCGAAUCGCAUACGGUUGUCCAAUCCCAACUCCAAGAUGUCUACUACAGUCCACAAGACUUUGCCGAUUACAAAUUCGUCGUCAGUUAUUUUGUCGAACUCGUACUUUCCUAUCUCAUUUACUAUCCCAUUGCCGGGACCAUUCUCUUUUCGGGCGUCUUGUCGUGUGGAAAAUGGCAAGUCACGGGAGGACGGCCGUAUGAAUUGCAACAAUUGGCAUUGCAGCAACAGCAAAUAAUGGAGGAAGAAGAGGGAGUCGAAGUCGAGUGGGAAUCCAAACGCAGUGGUGCAGGCAAUAAUAACAGCAGUGACGACCAGGAGGAAUACACCAAUGGCGUGGAAUCUUGUAGUAGCGGCCGGGAAGAGGAACACAGUGAUUCACCGCCAAGUGACGAGGAGGAAGGUCACGGGUCGAUUCAUCAUCAUCACCACCCCGAGGAGGACCAACGGGAGCAAGACGUAAUGGGAGUGGAAAUUUCAAAAGAUGGAGUGUGA